GACGAAGAUAAAUACAUUGAAAACGCUAGUGCCCCCACUUUGUUUUGUUUUCUUAUCUUUUUUUCCUUUGUUUUCUGAGGUACGAAAUAGUGAAAACCUAAUGGCUUUGGUGUAUUAGAGUUCCCUCAUAUAACAUUAUCAUAAAGAACAGAACAGAGGGAACGGCUCCUUUACCCUAAAGAAGAAAGAGAGGAGGGAAUUGGGUAGUUGAAUAAUAAUAAUAUUAUAGUACAAUGGGGAGAGGGAAAGUGGUGUUGAAGAGGAUCGAGAACAAGAUAAACCGACAGGUGACGUUUGCAAAGAGGAGGAAUGGGUUGCUGAAGAAGGCUUACGAGCUUUCGAUUCUCUGUGAUGCCGAGGUUGCUCUCAUCAUCUUCUCUAAUCGUGGCAAGCUCUAUGAGUUUUGCAGCACUUCUAGCAUAGCUAAGUUACUUGAGAAGUACAACAGUUGCACCUAUGGAGCAUUGGAAUCUGGUCAAUCAGAAAUUGACACACUGAGCAAGUACCAGGAAUAUUUGAAGCUCAAAGAAAACUUUGAGGUCCUGCAGCAUUCACAGAGACAUUUUCUUGGGGAAAAUUUAGGUGACUUGGGCACCAAGGAACUGGAGCAGGUUGAGCACCAGUUGGAUUUCUCAUUGAAGGAAAUCAGAUAUAGAAAGAUGCAGAUGAUGAUCGACCAACUUUCUGAGCUGCAAACAAAGGAAGAAGCCCUACUGGAAACCAACAGAAACCUGAGAAGGAAGUUGGAGGAAAAUAGUUCGACAAUACGAUCGUCAUGGGAGACUGGGGAGCAAAGCAUUCCAUACAACCAUCCGCCGCCACCUCAGCAGGAUGGAUUUUUCGAGCCUUUACAUUGCAGGUACAAUCCUAGUAAUAUUCCAGAUGAGGAUGCUGCUACAUGCUCUGCAGUUGCACCAGGUGGAUUUAUCCCUGGUUGGAUGCUUUGAUUGUUUGAGCUUUAAUUAACAGAAUUCCAUAUUUUCUCAUAUAAAGUGAUUGGAAAUUAAGAAUAGACAAUAAUCAAGCAGAUCCCAACUUUUAUUUUGUUGUAUCUCUUAUGGAGGAUGCCUGCAUGCAUAGUUGCGAAGCUCCAAUACUGUAAACACGUUGGAUGCCAUUGUUGGACACUAAGAAUGCCAAGUGUUUACUCCUAGAAUGUGGUGUUAUUACUGGGUUUUUUUAUA